AUGGCUGAAACAUGGUUUGCUGCAGCAAAGAAAGCGGACUAUGGCACAAUACGAUCACUAGGUUCAAAGUAUUUUAAAGUACACAAUGAAAGCGAUGAUGGAAAUACUGCAUUACUUUACGCCAUCAGUUCUAGCAACAUGCAACUAAUUUCUUACCUAGCUCCUCACGAGGUUCGUGAAACUAAUAUAUUCGGGUGGAAUGCACUGAUGUUUGCAGCGUAUUUUGACAAUCACGACGCUGUGAAGCUCUUCUUAAAUGAUGAAAAGGGGAUGCAAACGCGGGAAGAGUACAAAGGAAUCCCAGCAGGAGCAACAGCGCUUCUGAUAGCUGCUACCCGAGGACAUGCGGGUUGUGUCUCCUUGCUAUAUCCUAUGGAGCAAUCCACUAGCGGCUGGAAUGAUCUUUUUCUCGCUGCGUUUACGCACAAUGCUGCUCUUGUGGCACGCACCAUCUCCUUAGUUUCCACACGUGAUGCUCUUGGACGCACAGCAAUGAUGUAUUUAGUUAUGUUUCCUCGGCACUCAACCCUUGUGCUUCUGGAGGAGUGCAUAGGGUAUUUGGCUCAAGCACAGCAAGGUGCCAUAGAUGCUUGCACUAAGACAGCACUGAUGUAUGCUGCAGAAAACAAUAAUGCAGACGCCGUACAGUUGCUGCUCCAAUUAACCACCCUAGAGGCCAGAAAGCAGAUGGAAACAAAAGAUGAAUAUACUGCUCUAAUGAUAGCUGCUUCGAGAGGCUAUAGUGACAUAGUCUUGCAACUGCUUCCUAAGGAAGCAGGGAUAGUGACUUCCAAUGGGGUCACAGCACUUAUGUUAGCUGUUCGCUACAAUCAAAUUGAGGCUGCACGCUUAUUAAAGGACGCUGAAGCAGAAUUUCAAACGUCUGGCCCGUUUGAUGUCUUUUCUCCAGCAGCCACAGCCUUUAGUAUUGCACAGUACUAUCACCGGCAAGAGCUUCUUUCUCUGUUGGGAGCAGGGUCUUUGCAGUUAACAAAUACAGAAGAGAACAUCACCACUGAAGACUCAGCAAGGUUAGUUCAGUCUCCGAAGGGUGUAACUGCAUCGAGUGCCCUGGCUUUUCAGCAAAAAAGCUACAUGCAAUCACCAACUACUGAGGAUGCCCGAGUAGCGACAAUGAUUAGUCCUAUUUUUAACAGCAAUAUCGAUAUUUCACGACCAACACCGACUAAUCAUUCCAAAGAAGAACCUCAAGAUAACGAUCAGCUGGUUCUCACUGAUACGCAAACAGUUGCAAUUUUAUCGAAUACAGAGGCACUAGAACGACUGAAGGAAACCAACCAAGACUUAGCUACACGCGUUUUCACCAUGCAGAGAUCCAUGCAGUUAGAGUCUAUUGAGCAACAAAACACUAUCGAUAAACUAGACAUAGAACUAAGCUUAACCCGGCAAAGACAGACCGAGUUGGAAAGUAAGCUGAAGUUGGCAGAAGAGAAAAUCACCAUGUACAAAGAUUAUUCACAGCAAGCAUAUAAGCACAACGAGUCUCUAUCAAAGAAAUACGCUGAAUUAAAGGAGUCCCAUGAUUCCCUCGUCAAGGAGAAUGCCCAGUUGUCCGAUAGUUUGGCCUCACUGAAAUCGGAAAAGGCCUCUCUUGAAACAGUGCAUAAGGAUCUAGCUGUCUUGUUUGACGAGCUUCAGCGACAAAUAAAGGCAGACAAAAGUGCAGCAGACUCUCAUAUAACUAAGUAUUCCAACGAAGUUCUAGCUCUGCAGCAAGAUCUCAGCGAAACGAAGCAGGCUCUUGCAGCAGCUCAAGCUGCAGCGCAUAGCAAGGACCAAGUUGCAAGCUCAGUAACUGAAGAGCUCUCGCAACUGAAGCCUCGUUAUCAGGAUUUAACGAGAGAAAUAUCAGAUUUAAGAGCUAAGUACGAAGAGGCGGUCACCCAUAGUAAUACUAUACAACAAGAAAACAACUUAUUAAAAGAUAACUUUGAUAAAGCUACAAGUUCGCUGACCUCACUUAAAGAAGAAAACAUAUGUAUGCAAAAGCGGCUGGCGGAAGCGGAGGCAAUCAACGCUGAACUUCAUACUACAGUGACCGAUCUCAACAAGGCAAAAAUUUCCCAGACCCUAGAGUGUGAAAAACUGAGCGAACAAACUGCGGGGAUGGAGGACCAAGUGCAGGGCUUGCAGCACUCUCUCCAUAAAGCAACCAGCGAAGUGGAGUCAUUGAAUAGUCGUCUAGCAGAGCAAACCCUUGAGUCUCAAAACUUACGCGCCAGUAUUGAUCAGCUCCAGAAGGAUCUUGUUUCUUUAGCUAACGAAAAAGACAUUUUACAAACUCAACUAUGCGCAGACCAGGAGCGUCUUGCUAUUACAAGAUCAGAGCUUUCAGCUGCUCGUCAAAAGGCGCUUGCGUUAGAAGAAACUCUCGAUGUGAGAUCUUCAGACCACAAAACCCUUGAGGCUAAUUUUCAACGUGUACAAUCGCAGGUUGUGGAGCAAACAGAGCUUACCCAGAAAGCUGAAUCUGCAAAGGCUGCACUUGAGAUAAAGCUAGGUCUUAUUGAACAACAGUUGCUGGAAACUCAACGCGGAGCCAACACCGGGCAGCAUGACCUAGCAGCCUUGCGAAGUGAGCUUCAAAUUGCAGCGAAGAAGAACGAGUGUCUAGAGACUCGCACUGCUGAGCUGGAGACCGCUGCAGAUAAUCUAAGUAAGGAGAAGGCAACGUUGGUAGCUAAGCUGCAAGAUAUCACAGAAGAAAGGGAGUCCUUGAAAGAACAAUUGAAUGCCUUUUCUUUUCAGCUAGAGCAAUUACAAAGUGAUAAAUCCGCUUUGGAGCAUCAGGUCUCUGAUCUGCUUGCUGUCAUUUCCCAGGAACAAGAGACCCAGGUCUCCCUCAAGAAGCAGAUCAUCGAAGCGGGCAGGAGGUCAGCAGAACUUGAUGAGGAAGUUCUCCGACUCAAAGAUAAGCUAGACAAGGCAAUAGACGAAGCGUCUACUCUAACUUCUAAACUUGCUAGUUCUGAAGAAGACAAUGCAAAGACCGAAGCAAAAUUUGCAAAUUUGUCUAAAGAACGGAAUUCUUUAUUUAAGGAGCUCUCAACGGUAUCUAAAGAGCUCUCAGACCUCAAGUUGGCCAAUGCAUCUCUCGAGAAGGACGCGCAACUUGCACAGCAAAAGCUCAAAGAAGCUAAUGUUUCAAAGAAAUCGCUGGAGCAGAGCAGUAGCAACUCUUCCAAGAAAAUAGCAAGUCUCUCAAGCGCGAAGACGUCUCUCGAGAAACAGCUAUCCACCGCCAACGCGCACAUCUCUGACUUGGAAAGUCAACUAACCGCGUUAGAGAAAAGAGAUUCCGAAGCAAAGCAGGUCCUGUUAGCAAAGGAGAAAAACAUUACUGAAGCAAACCGUAGUGUCUCCCAAUUAAAACGCCAGCUUAAGGAUAUAAGGGCAGAUAACGAAACAGCUCAAAACAACGUUAUUGCGCUUACAAAAGAACUGACGUCUCUUCAGCUUUUGAAGGACCAGACGGACGCCACAGUGGCAAAGCUUACUAAAGCUGUUGCAGACGAAAGGGAGAAGAAUGAAAGCUUGAGCAAACAACUGAAUGAGGCAAAUGGGCAAAUAUCUACUUUACAGAGUGCUCAAGACAGCAUAGAGCUAGCACGUCUGUCAGCUACUGAUAGAGUUGAAGCGCUUCUUUCGGAGAACAAAGGCCUCGGUGAACUAAUAACAGACCUCAAGACUAUAAUAUCGAGAACCCAAAACAUGCUCCAGGAAAUGACCGAUGAGAAAAAUAACGCACUCGAAAGGUUAAAGCAAGCUGAUAGCAAGAUUGCCACAUAUGCACUCGAUCAACAGACAACUAAAGCAUCUGUGGAUCAGCUCCGAGCAGAUCUCAGUACGAUGGAGGGAGCAAACAGGCAGCUUCAAAAAGAUAUUGUUAUCCAGACAGAGCUCUGUGAGGACCUCGAAAGAAAAAAUAACCAAUUGAGCAAACAAAUUUCUGAGUUGAUAAAAUGUCAAGCUGCGUUAGAAGAGCAAUUACAAAGCAAGGAUGCAGCUUUCACUGAAGAGCAAUCGGCACGAGAUGCUCUUCAGCGCGAAUUGUCUUUGGCCGACAAAAGGUAUCAAGAUCUUCAAGAGGAGCACGUGGAGCUAAAGCAGGCGCUUGCAAAUAAAAGGAUUGACAUUGAGCAGAUGAGUAACUCCAAACUGUCUGCUGAUGCAGCUCUCCAAAAAGCUAUGGAGAAAUGUUCUGCGCUUCAGGCAGAGGUAACCCUAGGCCAGAAGAGUAUCGAAUCAAUGGCUCAGCAUAUUAGGGUGCUUGAGAAUGAGAUAGACAGACUUAAAGAAAAGAAUGCAAGCAUAUUUGGAAGCUUGUCACAAGCCGAGGCGUCAAGUGAAAGCUUAGAACGAGAGCUCAAGGCAGCUAAAAGGAAAAUUGCAGAGCUCGAGGAGCAUGGUCUGGAGGUCGAGCAGGGACAAGAGCGCAUAUUUAAGGGCUUGCAAACGGUUACAGGAGAAAAAGAUGUUAUUGAGCGGAGGCUCAAGGAAAAAACGCAAUUAGCUGAAGAGCAACAUGCAGAGCUGGAGGCCUUGAAAAAAGCACUUGCAGCUAGCAACGAGCUAAAUACGGAUUUAACCUCCAAUUCUGAAAGUAGUGUUAAAAGCAUUCAGCAGCUCUCUAGACAAUUAGCCGAAUCCCAAGGAGAAAUUGCAGGACUGAAGCGAGGUGCAGAGCUGACUGCUCGUAGGUUGUCAGAGCUGGAGGCCUUAUGCGAUGACCAGGCAAAGGUAAUUUCGGUGAAAACUAGUACUACUACUGAGCUACAGACGGAAAGGGACCUUCUUUUUAAAAAGUUGGCUGCAUGCACAGCUGCAUCCACAGAGAUCGAAGACACUUUAACAACGAUGCAGAAAGAAUACUCGGAUCAAUCCAGAAAGCUUAUGGAGCUAGAGGCAGAUAACUUGACUCUUCAAAGAACCGUCUCAUCCUCUGAAAAAGCUAUCGAAGAUCUUAACGUAGCUCUUAUGGCUGCAAACCAAGCUGCAGACGAAAGUGGAAGGAAGAUUUUAGACUUGGAAGGAAGACGCGAGAUUUUAGAGCGUUCGCUGGCACAUGUCAACAAGCGGAAUACAAGCUUAGAGGCGGAAAAGGAGCAACUAGCCAAGAAUUUAAUUGAGGCAAAUCGAUGUAUGACCGAUGCCGAGCUCGAGCGAAACACCCUCACAAGGGAGAAUGCGUCUCUUCGAGCUGCAGCUGCUGAGCUAGAAGGAAAGCUAUCGACGUCUGCCACAGCAUUAGCCGGGAAGACUGCUGCCGUACUAGAUUUGGAAAAUCAAGUUGAACUGCUGACUCAUGAGCGUUCGGACCUAAUGGCUUUGAAAUUAGAACUUGAAGCCGAGCGAGAUUCACUGCAGGUACGUGUAAAGAUGCAUGCAGAGACCAUUGUGGAGAUGGAGAAAAGCAAGGCCGAUACUGAGCAGCUUCUAGUCACUACAAACACUAAGCUUGUUGAGCAGGAAAUGGCCUUUCAAACAGCUGAGAGAACACUAAAGACUCUGAAGGAGAAAGUUAGAUUGACGAAACAGGAAAAGACUGCAGCUCUCUCAAUUCAGGCAGAUCUCAAAAGUGAAAUUGCAACUCUUUCAGAGACUAUUAAGACAUUAGAAGAUACCGUCAACAGCCUUACCAAGCAGAUAUCAGAGCGUGAUCGUGAUAAUGAAAGCCUUCGAACAGUUGCCAACGGGCAUAGAUCGAACGAAGAAAAAGCUCUGGAAGAGGUUGAGCGGCAACGGAAUAUUAUUCUCGACUAUCAGCAGCAAGUGAGCCAAGCAAGCCUUGAGCAAUUGGCACUGACACAAAAGAUCGACCAGGAAAAGAAAAAGGUUGUUGAUGCCAUGGCAUCUAAGGAAGGACUACAAGAUGACCUUCAGGCCCUUCAGAAACGCUAUUCUGAACUCGAAACAGAGUAUGAUGCCAUAAAAAAGGCACUAGCUAGUAAUAACGCUACAAUGGAGAAGCUAACGCUUCAGUGCAGUAGCUUGACUGCUGAAUUAAGUACUUUGAAACUACAAUAUAAUAGCACACGCGUUGAACUGGAAUCAGCCCAGAUGUUAGUAGAAGCAACAAAAAAGGGUUCUGCGUCUUUGCAGGGAGAAAUAGACAAGCUCACACGUGAUCUUCAACAGGCAAACGAAGCGAAUUCUCAGCUACGUGCUGAGCAGAACGUCCUUCAGCAGUCCUUGGACAACGCCAAUGCAAGCCUCAACGCCCUUGUCACUCAGGGCGAGACUUUGUCCAGGGCCACUGCAGAUAGCAAUAAGAAACUCCACGACUAUAUGAGCGAACUUACUUUGAAGAAUAACGAGGUUGACUCUCUUAAGAGAUUACUAGCUCGGAAAGAAGCAGAUCUUGAGGAGGUGCAUACCCGCAUAACUAGUAAGAUAGAGGAGAUAAGUCAGUUGUAUUCAGAUAAGGAACAGGCAGAGGCACAGAUCUGUGUGCUGCUUUCGGAAAACUCUGAUCUGAAAAUGUCAAUAAGUGCCUUAACUUCUACUUUAGACUCCCAAAAACAACUUGUGAAGGAUUUAGAAGGAGAGCUUAUCUCGGCUCAUGGUGAGUUAAAGAAUACCUCUUCUGAAGUAGGACGACUGGAGCUGGAGCUUCAAAAUCUCAGAGGCGAUAAUAAAGAUAGCCAUAAUCGAAUAGAAACACUCAAUCAGCAAAUGAUAUCUUAUGACAAACAGAUGGCUAGCAUAGCAGAAGAAAAAGAGGGUCUUCUGAAGUUAGUUUCCCAGCUUAAGUUGACAAUCAAUGAACUCACGUUAGCAAAACAAGAGCUUGGCGCUAGCUUAGCCACUGAAAAGAUGGCAUCUCUAAAACUGGCAUCUGAAAAUGAUGACCUGCUAAAGCGCUUAGAGUCCGGGCGGGCUGCCUAUGAAGAGCUAUCUGCAGAACACAAGAGUCUAUUAGAAAGAUACCAUACUUUGAACUCUAUGAAGGAGUUAGCAAAUACCGAGCUAAAUGCUUUAAGAAGCACAGCAAAUAUGUCAAAAGCGGACAUAGAUAAAUUCUCUGCAGAGUACGAGCGAUUCAGAGCCAAAGCGUCACAAGAUCGGGCGGUUAUCGUAAAGCUGCAAAGUGACCUUGAGAAGCUAGAGAGUAAGAAUAAGUUCUUACUCGAUGAAAAAACUCAGUGCACAAAGAUUAUAAAGAAUCUAAACAAGGACAUUGUAGACUUAAAGCUGCAAUUGCAUUCGCUUGACCAGUCCAAGGAAAGUGCUACUCGCAAGCUCUCCGUGCUCGGAACUGAUAAGGAAGCUCUCAUCAAGGAGGUUGAUAGCCUUAGGAAGCAGACCUGUGAUCAAGAGCAUUUGAUCCACGAACUCCAGAAACAAUCUAAGGAGACUGAACGUCUUAAAGAAGACCUUGCACAUAUGAAUACGACAAUGGGAGAAUUUGCAGAUAUGUAUGCAGUAACGAUUAAUAAAUAUGCGGAUGCCAUGCGUCACCAUGAUGAUAUCUCCAAAUUCAUGCCGAAAUACAAUACAUACAUGUCUGACGCCGGGCUGAUGACGGAUGCACGUCUUCGACAUUUCCUAGAAAACAAUAAGGCGCUUCUAGAUGAAAAGGCAUUAGUCGAACGCAAAUUCAAGCGACUAAGCGAAUAUGUCAAUUAUAUCAAGGCCGAAUUAGUCAACACAGACAUGAAAUAUUUGGCAUGGAUCCAGCACAAAACAGCUGUGUUCAAUAGGUCCGUGGCAAAUGCUCGGCCUACUUCUCGACCUGACUUCAUGACCAAAAGAAUUGACGAGCAGGCUCGGCGGCUCUCGACAGCCUUGGAACCAACAGAUUUCAGCGCAUCCGAUGAAAUGAACAUUGAGCGGGCAUCGAUUGAUAGAGCUUCAUUGGCUAAGCAGCUACAGGCCUGUGAUAUUAAGUAUGACGCGACUCGCACUGCUCAAUAUGAUCAUUACCCAUCACGUCCGAGUAGCCAAAACAACUAA